AUGAUUCCCGGGAAAUACCGCUCUGUUUCUGGCCGGGCUGCGAACAACGUGAACUGUGGGCUUCAUCUGGUUAUUCAGACAUCAUCGCUUCCUGAAAAAAGCAAAGUUGAAUUCAAGCUAAAUAAAGAAACACCAUCAUUCCCUGGUCGACUCUUACAACAUGACCUUGAAAGAAACUACUCAAGUAGGCAAGGAGAUGGAAGAGUAAUAAGCCCUUCGCCUCGUAAUAAAUCAUCAUGCGUCUCGUCCACAACAAACGUGACAGAUCUAUGUGGGCUGGAAAUGAAAACUACCAUGAGCUCCUUAUCAGCAUUUGGAGAUUCUUCCUUUCAGACACCUUCAAAGUCCAGAACCCGGCAGGGCUGUCAUAGUGCUGGCCGAAACGUAUCUGGUGAUCAUAUUAAUCUGGCGAGCUCAUCAAUGCCAUCAUUUCCCAUUCUCCAACGUUCUUCUGAAGAGAAAAUUCUUUACUCAGACAGGUUGACCCUAGAAAGGCAAAAGCUGACUGUGUGUCCUAUCAUUGAUGGAGAAGAACACCUUCGUUUGUUGAACUUUCAACACAAUUUUAUAACUCGGAUCCAAAAUAUUUCUAAUCUACAGAGGCUAAUAUUCUUGGAUUUAUAUGAUAACCAAAUUGAAGAAAUCAGUGGGCUUUCUACUCUGAGAUCCCUCCGUGUCCUUCUGCUGGGAAAAAACAGAAUCAAGAAAAUCUCAAAUCUGGAGAACCUUAAAAGCUUAGAUGUCUUGGACCUUCAUGGAAAUCAGAUUACCAGAAUCGAAAAUGUUAGUCAUUUGUGUGAUUUGAGAGUUUUAAAUCUUGCUAGGAACCUUUUAAGUCACGUUGAUAAUCUUAAUGGGCUGGAUUCACUAACUGAACUUAACCUGCGACACAAUCAGAUCACUUUUGUGAGAGAUGUGGAUAAUUUGCCCAGCCUCCAACGUCUGUUUCUCAGCUUCAACAAUAUAUCUACUUUUGAAAGUGUUUGCUGUCUUGCUGACUCUUCUUCUCUCUCAGACAUCACUUUUGAUGGCAAUCCAAUAGCUCAAGAGUCAUGGUACAAACACACUAUCCUUCAGAAUAUGAUGCAGCUGCGCCAGCUAGAUAUGAAGAGAGUUACGGAAGAAGAAAGGCGUAUGGCAUCUGUUGUAGCCAAAAAAGAGGAAGAGAAGAAGCGGGAAAGUCAUAAACAAUCCUUGCUGAAGGAGAAGAAAAGGUUAACAAUUAACAACGUAGCUCGAAAGUGGGACUUGCAACAGCAUCGAACACCCAACAUUGCUACAAAUCAAGAUACAAAAGUUUCUGACUCUCCUUCUCAGGACCCCUCUCAGCUCCAUGGAAGCGCCGUCGUCUCUGCAUUUCCAGAGGAAACAGGGUCUCUGGACUCAGGACUUACCAGCGCUUUACAAGGUUUAUCUGUCACAGACACACACCUUGUUGAAGUGGACGGGGACACACUUUCCCUCUAUGGCUCAGGAGCCCUGGAAUCUCUAGAUCGGAAUUGGAGUGUUCAAACGGCAGGAAUGGUGACAACCGUGUCCUUCACUUUCAUAGAAUUUGAUGAAAUCGUCCAAGUGCUUCCAAAAUUGAAGAUGAAGUUUCCUAAUUCUCUGCACCUUAAAUUCAAGGAAACAAAUCUUGUAAUGCUGCAGCAAUUUAAUGCACUAGCUCAACUCCGCCGCGUCGACCAGUUGACAAUUGAUCCUCAAGGAAAUCCAGUUGUCAAUUUUACACUCUGGAAAUACUAUGUACUGUUUAGGCUGAGCCAUUUUAGUAUGCAGAAAAUAAACGGGACAGAGGUGACGCAGAAUGAUAUGAUCAUGGCUGAAAGGCUCUUUGGAAUCCUAGCCCAUGUAGCAUCUUCCGAGUUACCCCAGUACCGUCUGAUUUCAAUUCUGGGUGAUGCCAGAAAGAAGCAAUUCCGGUAUCUGCUAGAAACCAAAGGGAAAAAACCAGGUCUUGUCAAUGAAGAAAAUAAUGACAGCAAAAGACUUGUAGGAGAAAACACAAACCGUGCUACGCUAAAUUAUACCACAAGAGACUUUUAUAACGAACGGCUAGAGGAAAUAAAGGAAAAAAAGAAAUUCUGCAAGAUGUAUAUGGAGGACCUUGUGAAGGAAGCCACGGACAUCAACAUGAAGAACGAGGCUCUGCAGAAGCUCUGGCCGCAGAUGUUCAUCGAGCUUGUUAGGGACGCAGUCAUAGAAAUCCGCAAUAAAAACUCCUAUAUGAAGCUUUGCCUACAGCAGAUAACUGACCAAAAAUAG